AUGAACGAAAUCGAUCGAGUUCAUCUGGCCUUGCAACAUGACACAGGGAACUGGGAGCCGAUUGAUUUGGAAGCCGCCAUCCACGAUGUGAAGAAGAGGCUAUUGCCAAACAUCCUCGGGACACAUCUUGCGGUAAAACAUGACCCCCCGAGCGAUGAUCCGUCGUCUUUGAAGCAAACUACAUCCAGAGGUGAAGCAGCCAAUGUUCAGUGGCUGUCAGCUCUUGGUGAUCGGACAAUAUUGGACCCUGGCAUCGAUGAUAACCUCAACUAUACCACUAUGCCGGUAAACCACUUCCAGAACGACGAUAUAGCCCCGUUCACUGGCCCUUGA